UUAUAAAAUCAGCCUUAUUCCUCCAACUUCAUCAACCUCAACCUUCACAAAAACGAGACUACUAAUAUAACCAUCUUACAGUCUCCAAGAUUCCAACUUUACAUACACACAUACAUACAUAUAUAAUAAUGGGUAUCCGUUUGCCAUCAGUGAUACCUAACACAAGGAAAAUUCUGAAGCUGGAGUCUCUUCUUUCCAGAAACCAAACAGAACAUGUUCCAAAAGGCCAUGUUGCAGUAUAUGUUGGAGAAGAAAUGCAAAGAAAGCGGUUUGUUGUGCCGAUUUCUUACUUGAACCAUUCAUCAUUUGCAGACUUGCUCCGGAGAGCAGAAGAGGAGUUUGGAUUCCAUCAUCCCAUGGGGGGUUUGACCAUUCCUUGCCCAGAAGAUACCUUCGUUGAUAUCACCUCUAGGUUGACUUCUUGCUUAUGAGGAGAAAUUAAUUUGAGAUUACAUAAAAAAAAAAAAAUGAAAAGAAAAAGUUUUGGUCAAUUUUUUUUUUAUUUUUUUUUUCCUUAUGUAAAGUUCUUAUUGUUUUUCUUAAUCUGUUCUCUGUUCUUUGUUUUGGGAGAACUUUGUGGUAAAAUCCUUGUACAAAAUUCUCCUCUUGUUUACAAGAGAAUG